CCUCAACACCGACGACUUGGCGAAACGACCCUACACUAGGUAGUCAGUCAGUCAGUCAGUCAGUCAGUCAGUCAGUCAUAUCCUCCCUCCUCCUCUCUCUCUCUCUCUUUCACUCUGGGCUUGACCGAUCUCGACUUCGACCCGAACCUCGACCUCGAGCCUUCUCCACCAUCCCCCAUUCUCGACGUCGAUUUACCUCUAGGACUGGUACCCACACCUCGUCCAUAACCUACCUGCCUAUCUUUUGCGAUACCACCUAUCGAUACCCACGAUGGCAGACCUCGCAACGUCGGAGUUCGACCUCCUGCCCAAGCUUGUCACCAAGCUGGACCGCCACCUCAUCUUUCCCCUCCUCGAGUUCAGCAGCAGCGUGGUGGAGAACGAGGAUGGCAACGCCGACAAGACGCGCGAGCUGCUCAAGGCCAAGUACGAGCUGCUCAAGAAGACCAACAUGACCGACUACGUCGCCAACCUGUACUGCGACCUCGAGGGCCUCCAGGAUCCACCGAAGGAGUUCGCCGACAAGAGGCAAAAGGUCAUCGAGACCUUGGAGAACUUUGAGGAUAGCACCAACAAGCUCACCGAGCUGCUGCAGACCGAGGAGGUCGUCUCAAACCUGAGGAGCGACAAGGUUGCCAACUUGGAAUUCCUGAAGAAGGAGCAUGAUGUUACGAUUGAAAUGGUCAACGCUCUUUACGACUUUGGCAACUUCCAGUACAGCUGUGGAAACUACGGUGCGGCAGCCGACCUGCUGUUCCAGUUCCGUCUUCUGUCCACGGACAACGACAAGGUUCAGGCGGCGACGUGGGGCAAGCUCGCGUCCGAGAUCCUGAGCACCAGCUGGGAGGCAGCUCUGGACGAGCUGAAGAAGGUGAGGGAGGGCAUCGACGAGAGACUCUACAACAACCCCCUCGCACAGCUGCAGCACCGUACCUGGCUCAUCCACUGGGCCCUCUUCCCCCUCUUCAACAACGACGCCGCACGCGACCAACUCCUCGAGAUGUUCUUCCGGCCCGAAUAUAUCAACACUAUUCAGACCUCGUGUCCCUGGAUUCUGCGGUACCUCACCGCCGCCGUUAUCACCGGCCGCGGCCGUGCGCGGAACUCGGGUGUGCAGCAGAAGCAACUCAAGGACAUUGUGCGCAUCGUGCGACAGGAGGCGUACGAGUACAACGACCCCCUGACCGACUUCGUGCGCGCCCUGUUCAUCGACUUUGACUUUGAGGAGGCACAGCGCCAGCUGAGCCGCGCCGAGGAGGUGAUCCGCGGCGACUUCUUCCUGUCGACAGCGGGUGGCGAUGUCUUUGUCGACAACGCGAGGCACCUGAUCUUUGAGAGCUACUGCAAGAUCCACGCACGCAUCGACAUCAAGGGCCUGAGCGCCAGCCUGGGCCUCAACAACGAGGAUGGCGAGAAGUGGAUUGUGAACCUGAUCCGUGACACGCGUCUGGACGCCAAGAUCGAUUCCAAGGAGGGCACCGUCAUCAUGAAUCACCCGCCCAGCAGCGUCUACCAGCAGGUCAUUGAGCGGACCAAGGGAGGAUUCUUCAGGACGCAAGUGCUGAACUCGGCGGUGGCACGGUAA